AUGGCAUUUGAUUUCGAUGCAGCACGCAUCGAAUCAUUGCCCACAGAUGCCUUUUACAUAUCCGAUUUCAUUUCCGAAGAUGAAGAGGCCCGGUUGAUCUACAAGGUUCAAUCGGCACCUCUCCCACACUGGACUCAUCUGUCUCACCGCCGCCUCCAAAGCUGGCCAUCAACACUUACAAAAUCUGAUACGCUUCUUGCAUCGCCACUACCCUCUUGGCUGGCAGAUCCUGUCAUGGACCGCUUUAACGACCUGGGCGUUUUCACAGACGCUCCGCAUGGCGCGCCGAAUCAUGUUCUUGUAAACGAGUAUCAUCCAGGCCAGGGCAUCCUGCCCCACGAAGAUGGCCCUGCAUACUACCCACUGGUAGCCACUGUGAGCUUGGGCGCGCCUAUUGUUCUUGACUUGUACGAGAAGAAUACUCAUUCUCCUCGAAAUGAUCAUCGCCUUUCAGAAAAUGUGCAACAUCCUGCGACACCACGAUUCCGUAUCUUACAAGAAAGACGAAGUCUUUUGAUUAUGCAAAAAUCCAUAUACACCGACUUCUUGCAUGGAAUCGCCGAAGUAUCUACAGAUAAGGAUCUGGGCUCUCAUUCAAUCUGCAACUGGAACUUGCUGCGAGAACAGAAUACAUAUUGUGCUGGAUGGUAUCCACGGGAGACGAGGACAAGUAUAACCUAUCGAGAUGUACUGAAGGUUGCCAAAAUGGGAGAUACGUUGAAGUUUUUGGGCAGGGCAAGUUGA